AUGGACAGCAACUCAUUUCAACUUAUCUUUCUCAUAUUGUUAUUUCAACUUUUGUAUUUCACUUGCAUAAACUAUCACUUUGUUUCCUCUGCUGGCACCUUUAGUGUAGGCACUUGCAUUGAAACAGAGAAGAAUGCACUGCUAAAAGUUAAAGAACAUCUCACAGAUCCUUCAAGCAGGCUAUCUUCUUGGGUUGAUCAAGAAGAUUGUUGUCAAUGGCUUGGUGUAAGCUGUGACAAUAAGACCGGAAAUGUCGUAAGGAUUGAUCUCAGGAACAAAUUUUCAAGUAACCAUGAAUUGGGAGGUGAGAUUAAUCCAUCUUUACUUGAGUUACAACACUUGAGAUACUUAGACUUGAGCAUGAACAGUUUUGGAGGAAUCCAAGUGCCUGAAUUCAUUGGUCAAAUCAAAGAAUUGAGGUAUCUCAAUCUUUCUCGAGCUUCUUUUUCUGGUUCAAUAUUUCCAUUUUUAGGAAACCCCUCAAACUUGCGAGUUCUUGAUUUGAGUUCCUACUCGGAUCAGCCAGCUGAGAAAGACCUUGAAUGGAUAAAAGGACUUUCUUCUUUGGAACACUUAAAUUUGGGAGGUUCAGAUCUUAGCAAAGCUACUAAUUCUUGGCUUCUAACAAUCAAUAAUCAUCUUCCUUCUCUCUUGGAGUUGCACUUGCGUCAAUGUCAACUUUUAAACCUUCCAUCUUCUCUUCCAUCCCUAAAUCUUACUUCCCUUUUGGUACUUGAUCUUUCCAACAAUGCUUUCAACUCAAGUAUUUUCCCUCGAUGGAUAUUCAAACUUAGUAACCUUGUCCAUCUUGACCUAAGCUCCAACAAUAUUCUUAGUCAACUGCCUGAUGAGUUUGCAAAGCUCAAUUCCCUUGAAUACCUUGAUCUUUCUUCCAACUAUGGUUUCAAUGGGACACUCAACAGAAGUUGGGGAAACUAUGCAAUUUGAAGACU